AGCAUUUUUUCUCAUUAUUGAGUGGAAUGGAAGACAGACACAAAGAGAACAGCAGACCACUACAAAGGCAAGUACUUCUCUUAUUCUUCUCUUUGUUCUGCAAAGCUGCAUCACAGAACAUUCAGUAUUCAGUUCCUGAAGAAAUGGAAAAGGGCUCCGUUGUGGGAAAUCUUGCUAAAGAUCUGAGGCUGAAUACUGGAGAAAUAGCAAAGAGCAGUCUGCACAUCCUUUCUCUAGGCAGAAAGCAGUAUUUCUCUAUAAGUUCAGAAAAUGGGGAUCUUUUUGUAAAUGAAAAGAUUGAUAGAGAGGAAAUAUGUGGGGAAAGUAUAACCUGCCCCAUCAAUUUUGAAGUGAUGGCUAAAAACCCCAUGAAUAUUUUUCACGUAACUGUAGAGAUCCAGGAUAUAAAUGACAAUGCACCACAUUUUGUGCAUAGUGAUAUCAAGCUAGAGAUAAAUGAAUUAACUUUGCCAGGAACUUCUUUUAUCUUAGAGCAAGCAGAGGAUCCUGACAUUGGGGUGAAUACUCUCCAGGAUUAUCACAUUAAUAAUAACCACUAUUUUGCUUUGGAAGUCAGAGAAAGACAAGAUGGGAACAAAUAUGCAGAAUUAGUACUAAACAAACAGUUGGAUCAUGAAAGUGAAAGCGAUUUCCAUUUAAUACUUACAGCUCUGGAUGGAGGGAACCCUCCCAAAACAGGGACAGCCAAAAUAUGGAUUACUGUCAUUGAUGCCAAUGACAAUCCACCUGUUUUCACUCAAAAGAUGUAUAUGGUGACCCUGAGGGAGAACACACCAAUUGGGUCUUUAGUGGUACAGGUGAAAGCCACAGACAAAGAUGCAGGUUCCAAUAGCCAUAUCACCUAUGCAUUUAGAAACAUCCCUGAACGUGCUCGCCAGAAAUUCAAUUUGGAUCCACAAAAUGGGAAAAUUACAGUUAAGGAGGCUCUGGACUUUGAAGAAACAGAAAAAUAUAUGAUGACAGUAGAAGCAAGAGAUGGAGGUGGAUUAGCAGCUCAGUGCAAUGUUGAAAUAAAACUGGCAGAUGAGAAUGACAAUGCACCAGAAGUGAUUCUUGCCUCUUUAUCCAGUCCAAUACCUGAAGAUUCUGCAGCAGGAACUCUGGUAGCUCUUAUCAACAUUAAUGAUAGAGAUUCUGGAGAUAAUGGGGAAAUUACUUGCUACUUAAAGUACAGUUUCCCAUUCAAAGUACUGUCAACCUCAAAUAACCUGUAUAAACUUCUUACAGAUGGCCCCAUGGAUAGGGAAAACACCCCAGAAUACAAUAUCAGCAUCAUAGCAACAGACAAAGGCACGCCUCCUCUUUCAACAGAGAAGACUAUCUCCCUGAAGAUUUCAGAUAUCAAUGAUAACUCUCCUACCUUUGAGAAAUUAUCUUACACUGCCUUUGUGCCAGAGAACAAUCUUUCAGGAACCUCCAUUUUCCGUAUUCAAGCCUCAGAUCCAGAUCUGGAACGCAAUGCCCAAAUCACUUACUCCCUCCUCAGAAGCAACAUUCAAGAGCUGCCUCUUUCAUCUUACCUCUCCAUUAACUCUGAAACUGGCAUCAUCUAUGCUCAGCGCUCCUUCGACUAUGAACAGUGCCGGGAGUUUCAGGUGGAGGUGAGAGCCCAAGAUGGAGGCUCCCCACCGCUCAGCAGCACUGCCACUGUGAAGGUCUUCAUCCUGGACCAGAAUGACAAGAACCCUGAAAUCCUUUACCCUUCUCAGGGAGCGGAGGGCUCAGCCUUGUUUGAGAUGGUGCCUCGCUCAGCGGAGGAGGGCUAUCUGGUGACCAAGGUGGUGGCGGUGGAUGCUGACUCUGGGCACAAUGCUUGGCUCUCUUACCAUCUGGUCCAGGCCACUCAACCAGGGCUCUUCACAAUUGGGGUCCAUAAUGGUGAGAUCAGGACAUCCCGGACAUUUUUGGAAAGAGAUGCUCUCAAGCAGAAGUUGGUAAUUUUAGUGAAGGAUAAUGGCCAGCCACCA